AUGAGUAUAAUAAUGUGUGCUCAAGCUUUCGAGGAGUUCAACCUGCCGACCAAUGAGUAUCUUCAGUUUUCGGGGAAGGACCCAAAUUUGUUGGACAUGGGUUUGUGCAUGAACUCGCAGAAGCAUUUGUCGAUUCCACUGAGUGAUGGAAGUAUCCAUUUUGACAUGAACGGAUGUAAUGUCCUGUUAGAAGCACUACACUAUUCAUCAGUGCUAUUGAUAUUCGAUAGUGCACACGAGCAGAACAGACCAGUUGAUGAAGUCGGACAAAAAGAGUAUGGUCCUGACAUGACUGAGAUCAUCUGA